UUUGUUUCGUCUCCUUCCCGAGACACCACCACCCCCCAGAAAAAAGAAUAAAAUAUUUCACAUCCGCAAGUGAAAAAAAAAAAAAAUAGAAAAUUCCGACACCAGUGCGACGAUUGUCAACUAACUCCUAAAUCCUUAACCCCAAAAAAUGAAUUAAUAAUUUUUUUCUUGUUAAAUCCUGUACAUAUAAUUUGUCGAUGCAGAGUGAGAGUAAUUUUGAAAUUUAUACAGUGGGUUUUUUUUUUUUUUAAUUUGAUGUUGAAGAACAAAAAAAAAAAACCAUACGGUCUGGUGACCCACAGAGCUUGUCCAUCACAUCCGGUUGGUUUGGUCUGGUUUUUUUUUCUUUCUGACGCGCCGCGGUCUCGGGAAAAAAUUUAGACUCUUCUCUAGCCGGUGGUUGAAUAAUUCUCCCGAACAAACUGGGGCAAUACCGUCAUAGUAAUAACAGUGGUACAUGCAGACAGUACAUACAUAGCCCCCUGUCAGUCUAAAGUAAUCAGUGGAAGAUGGGAAAAGGAAGUCAUUCCGCCAACACUUUGUUAGCGCGCGCUGAUUGCCAGAUGAUUUGGUAGUUUGACAGCCGGAAGGCGAAUACCUUUCGAGAACUCUACAGUCAAAAUAAUCCGCCCUGUACAGUAGAGAGAGAGAGAGAGAGAAACAGACUUGAACGAUCGGAUCAAGUUUCUUUUUCGACACUCGGCCGUCCGCUGGCCUUUGAGAUUUCCUUAAUUCAUUCGACGAAUAAUCUUUCAGUGAAAUUGAUGGAUGGUGGCGGAAUCACAAAAAAAAAAAGAAAUAGGGGAGAGAGAGAGAGAAAAAAACAAUAAGAUAAACGAACUCGCACUCUACACACAAUCCCGACUUUCUCCUCGCAGCCAGCUAACAAUAAAUCGUGUGCAUAAUUUCGUUUCUCUUAUUCGUUUUUGUUUGGCCACUCCGGGCCGGCCGUCAGCUUCCCGUUGUUGGCAGUUUUUGUUUAUUUUCGAACAGGGGGGGGGGGGGGGGGGGGUUGUAAAUGAUUGGAGAAAACACUAGACAGUCGCUACCAUAUCAAUCUCGACGGGCAAGAAUCCUACACGCGAAACGGAUUUUCGUGCGUGUGGCAUUGAUACAAAAAUAAAAAGGAAUAGCCCAAAAGAAAAGAAAAAAGAACGGGUUAUUUCAUUUUUUCCAUUUGAUUACAUAACCGACACGGGUGUGUCUGUUUGAGUUUUGUACUAACUUUCAUUGGGGGGGUCCCAUCGUCUUUGAUGUUGUACGUACACAGGACGUAGGGCGACAACGUCAGCAGCCACCAGCUACUGCCGGUCCCCACCGGUACGGCUCUAACGUUGUCGUCAGACCAACGACGCCGCUAACCAACAACAACGUCGCCCAUCAGCAACUCAGCAGAGAGCAGAGUCUCCAACGUCAACAACAUCACUUCCGGAAUCCGCCGGUGAGGGGGAGGACGGAACUGCAGCAACAACACAAGCGAAUGGUUCACUCCGGCCAACGUCGACCCGUCAACGCUAAUCAGUUAUCUCACGGACCGAUUGGACCGACCCAGCAUUACGCUCAACCCCAGCAGAGCCAGAGACCUUCUUACAUUCCGGCCAUUUUGCCGAUUUACCUGCGCCCAAAUUCCAUUAUUCUGCCGUCGCCUCCCACUCAAUCCUACCAACAGCAGCAGCAGCAGCAACCCAGCGGUUACGCUUCAGCUCCUGUUCCGGCAUACAAUCAAGGGCCACCACCGGCCCAGUACCAGCCUCCGCCGCCACCACCACCACCUCAGCAACCCCAAUACCAACAACCACAGUUCCAGCCUCCUCCUCCGCCGCCACCUGCUCCUUACCAGCCACAACCUCAGUACCAACCUCCUCCUUCACCAGCAGCUCCUCAAGUCGCUCCACCACCGGCACCUUAUCAAUCCGCUCCUCCUCCUCCUCCUGCCCCAGCAGCAGCAGCAGCACCAUCUCCUUAUAGCGAUGCUCCUCUACCUGUGCCUCUCUACGCCCGUCCACCUCAGCAGCAGACGGCCGCCCCGGAAGCUUAUAAUCCGCCAGCUCAGUAUGAGAGCACGACGCCCGCUUCCUACGAGGCCGCCCAACAACAACAGGAGCCCGAACAAUCCGUCCAAUCCGGCAGCUACGCCAACUCGGAACCCGUCACCGUCCCGCCGGUGAUCGAGGAAUCCGCCAGCUACAGCACGUUGGCGCCGGCAUCCGUCGAUCACGACAUCCACACCAACGACAUUGCCGAACUCCCAGUUCCUCCUCUGCCCGUUCCUGGCGCCCUCCCCGUUCCCGGCGCUCUUCCCGUUCCUUCCGCACCUUCCGCCGACGGUGGCAAAAAGGAGGAAGCCUCCCAGUGGACUGAGGGCUCAAUCCCGUGGAAAUUGGAGAAACUCGGACUCAACACCUUGAACGACCUUCUGGUUCUCUCCGGUUUGGACGAAAUGUUCGACAAAGAAGGACCUUUUACCGUUUUCGUGCCGGUUGACCAGGCCUUUGAGAUCCUCAUCCAGAAAUUCGGCGGUAUGGAAAAGGCUAGCGAAGAGUUCAACAAGAACCCAGAACUCCUCAGUUCGCUGCUCAAGCACCACGUCGUGGCCGGUUCCAUCCCGUCGUCCUCCUUGCAGAACAACGGCGCAAUGCAGAGUCUGCUCACCACACCCCUGCGAGUCAAAUUCUACGAGUCGGAAGACAGCGAGUGGCGACCAUUAAAGGUAAAUACUCAGGUGAUCACGGUGAACGGUGCCCGUGUCGUGAAACCCGACAUUGAAGCCACCAACGGCGUUAUCCAUAUCGUCGAUCGAGUGCUCUUCCCCGUGCCGCAGGCCGACAUCUACAACACGCUCAAGACCGAUCCUCAGCAGCGAUACACCACGCUCAUUUCCGCGAUCGACAGAGCGGGACUGACGGCCGUUCUGGCCAAUCCCACGGCCGGACCAUACACGGUGUUUGCGCCCACCAACAAGGCUUUCUCACUGAUAUCCCGGGCCGAGCUUAACGGAAUCCUGAACGAUCCGGCCAAAUUGACCAAGUUGCUCCAACGUCACGUCGUCCAAGAUUUAAUCUACACUUCCGGUCUCCAAGGUUUCCAGAAAGCUUACGCCCUUGAUUUUGAAAUCCUUUACAUCUACCACGCCAAGGGCAUGACCAAGGUGAACGGAGCCAACGUCAUCGACCAGGACAACACGGCGCUGAACGGUGUCAUCCACACCAUCGAUUCCGUUUUGGGACUUUAUUGAUUGAGGGACCGGCUGAGCCGCCUCUAGUCAUACCCCGAAAACUUGAUCGACUGAAAAUAAACGAAAAAAAAAAAAAAAAAAAACGCAACAGUUCUACACAUAAAAAAGUAGCGCUAGAAUUAUUCUUAAAAAAAGAAAAUUAAAUAUGUUUCCUUCAUUUUCCUACACUUCAUCGUCCAUCUUUUCUUCCUACUUUACAUCUUCGCUCUUCGUGAGUUUGCCCAUUUGCCUUGGCCAUCGCACUUUCAAAAGUGUCUAGCCAUCGACCCGCAAAGCAUCCCCCCCAGUAUACUAUGCGAAAUAAAGUUUCUCCUUUUUUCCCUCCUGAAAUCUUUUGAAACAUUUUGUCCAUAUUGUUACAUUUGUGUCCAAGGUGGAUGACAUUGUGAGUUGUUUUUGUUUCGUUCUUUCCUGAUCCACCCAUCAGCCAUUUUUAUAUAUCUCUCAAUCGUCAUUUUGCUAUACAGAAAGAAGAAAUGUUACUAAUUGCCAAGCGAUUGGCGAGAUAUUACGUCCUCUCUCUCUAUCUCUCUUUUUCUUAACAAUAUUUUACCAUUUUGACAUGUAUCCAUCCCCCGACCCCGAGUAUUAUGAACAGAAAAAUAAUAAUAAUUGAAGUAAAAAGAGAAGAAGAAAUAAGACAAAAAAAAAUGUAUGUGCUCAAAUGGCCAGUCUGUUGGUUGGCAGUGUGUGCAAAGUCUUAAACUUGGAAAUUAGCAUUUUGUGCGCACGCGGCUGAGGGACAAUAAACAUGGUUUAACUUUAAAAA